AUAUUCCCUUAGUUAAUAUCAAAAUUUUUUUUUCAUUGGUUAAUUAUAUCUAUUUGAGCGCCAAUAAAAUGUCAUAGCUACUCCUGUUUCUAACGUGUUGAAAUUGUAAAUAAACAAUCAAGAAUUGUGUGAAAUUUGUGAUUAAUUUACUGCAGCUUCUGCCCACAUAUAUUUGUAAUCAUGUAUAGAAUAUUUUGUAGUGUGAGAAAACCCAUGUUUCCUUUAAGAAGUGGUUUUGCUUCAAUCAUUUUAAAAGAUUAUGCAUGCUCAAAAUAUAGCACAGCUCAAAAGGAUUCUUCCAGAAAGCUAUUUAAACUAUUAUCUGGGAGAAAGAAUACAGAUUCUGAAAAAUUUAAAGGAAUAUUUACUCAACGAUGUUAUUUUCAUCCUCCAAAUACUGAUCAAAAUGUAAGGAAUAGAAAUACUUUAUACUACUUGACAGCCUUGGUAAUAAUGGUUGCUGGAAGCACAUAUUUAUCAGUUUUACUUUACAGAUUAUACUGCCAAACUACUGGCAAAGGUGGUCAAGCUGUUUUAGAAGAAGCUGGUGAAAAAAUUGCAAGCAUGCAGAGUAUCAAGAACCGCCUUAUAACGGUGAAUUUUAAUGCUGAUGUGAAUUCUACAAUGAGAUGGAAUUUCAAACCUCAGCAGCCAUAUAUUAGAGUCUCUCCUGGAGAAACUGCAUUAGCCUUUUAUACUGCUAGAAAUCCAACAAGUGUACCAGUUACUGGUGUUGCUACAUAUAAUGUAUUGCCUUUUGAGGCUGGAAGAUAUUUUAAUAAAAUACAGUGCUUUUGUUUUGAAGAGCAACAACUCAAUCCUGAUGAAGAAGUUGAUAUGCCAGUUUUCUUCUAUUUAGAUCCAGAAUAUGCUGAAGAUCCACGCCUGGAGAAUGUAAAUGAUAUAGUUUUGUCAUACACUUUUUUUGAGGCCAAAGAGGGUAUACAGUUACCUAGGCCUUCAUUUGUAUAGACAUGCACAGUUUUAAUUUAUUAAAAUCAUAUGAAAUACAAGUAA